ACUUCCAGCAGCGGACGGCACUCUGUUCGCAUCACCGGCCUCAGCACUAUUGAUUUCCGAGCUGGUUUUUCCCGAAAGCCCACCCUGGACUUCAAGAAAACAGUCAGCAGACCAGUGCAAGGAAUCCCUACCUAUGUGCUUCUGAACACUUCCGGGAUUUCCAUCCCAGCUAGAGUAGAUCGUCUUGAACUUCUCAGUAUUUCAGGUGGUUCUCUGAAGACUAUUCCUGUGAAAUAUUACCCAGAGCGGAAACCUUAUGGCAUCUGGAACAUUUCUGACUUUAUGCCACCAAGUGAAGCUUUCUUCCUCAAAGUAGCAGGUUAUGAUAAGGACGAUUAUCUCUUCCAGAGAGUAUCAAGUGUUUCCUUCUCUAGUAUCGUCCCAGAUGCUCCCAAAGUUACAAUGCCAAAGAAGACCCCAGGAUACUACCUACAGCCUGGCCGAAUUCCCUGCUCUGUUGAAAGUCUUUUGCCCUUUACCUUGAGCUUUGUCAGAAAUGGACUCAAACUCGGAGUAGACCAGUAUUUAAAAGAAUCUGCCAGUGUGAACUGGGAUAUUGAAAAGGUCACUUUGUCUGACGAAGGCUCCUAUGAGUGCAUCGCUGCCAGCAGUGCAGGGACCGGACGGGCACAGACGUUUUUUGAUGUGUCAGAGCCCCCUCCAGUCAUCCAAGUGCCUGCUAAUGUUACAGUCGCUCCUGGAGAAAGAGCAGUUUUGACAUGCCUUGUCAUCAGCGCAGUGGAUUACAAUCUAACCUGGCAGAGGAACGACCGAGAUGUCAGACUGGCAGACCCAGCAAGAAUGCGGACCUUGGCUAACCUCUCACUGGAGCUCAGGACUGUGAAAUUCACCGAUGCUGGAGAGUAUCGUUGUCUGGUUUCCAAUGAAGGAGGAUCAUCAGCUGCUUCAGUUUUCCUCACAGUGCAAGAACCGCCCAAAGUCACUGUGAUGCCCAAGAACCAAUCAUUCACAGGAGGAUCUGAGGUCUCCAUCAUGUGUUCUGCAACAGGUUACCCCAAACCCAAGGUCGCCUGGACCAUGAAUGAUAUGUUUAUCGUGGGUUCACACAGGUAUAGGAUGACCUCAGAAGGUACCUUAUUUAUCAGAAAUGCAGUUCCCAAAGAUGCAGGGAUCUAUGGUUGUCUGGCAAGUAAUUCAGCAGGAACAGAUAAACAGACUUCUACCCUCAGAUACAUUGAAGCCCCCAAGCUGAUCGUAGUUCAGAGCGAGCUCUUGGUUGCCCUGGGGGACACAACGGUGAUGGAAUGUAAAACCUCCGGGGUCCCUCCGCCCCAAGUGAAAUGGUUCAAAGGGGAUCUUGAGCUGAGGCCCUCAACUUUUCUCAUUAUUGAUCCUCUCGUGGGACUUUUGAAGAUUCCAGAAACUCAGGAUCUCGAUGCUGGUGAUUACACAUGUGUAGCUGUCAACGAAGCUGGAAGAGCAACUGGCAAGAUAACUCUGGAUGUUGGCUCACCUCCAGUUUUCAUACAAGAACCGGCUGACGUGUCUAUGGAAAUCGGUUCAAAUGUGACUUUACCUUGCUAUGUCCAGGGCUAUCCAGCACCAAAGGUUAAGUGGCGAAGAUUAGACAACAUGCCGAUCUUCUCAAGACCCCUUUCAGUGAGUUCCAUCAGCCAACUAAGAACAGGAGCUCUCUUUAUUUCAAACUUAUGGGCAAGUGAUAAAGGAACCUACAUCUGUGAAGCUGAAAACCACUUUGGAAAGAUCCAGUCCCAGACAACAAUAACAGUGACAGGACUCGUUGCUCCCCUCAUUGGAAUCAGCCCUUCAGUGACCAGUGUAAUCGAAGGACAGCAGCUUACUUUGCCUUGUGCUCUAUUGGCUGGGAAUCCCAUUCCAGAACGCCGGUGGAUUAAGAAUUCAGCCACGUUGGUCCAAAAUCCUUACAUCACCGUACGCAGUGAUGGGAGUCUCCAUAUUGAAAGAGUUCGCCUUCAGGAUGGAGGUGAAUAUACUUGUGUGGCCAGUAACGUUGCUGGAACCAUUAACAAAACAACCACUGUGGAUGUGCAUGUCCUGCCAACCAUUCAGCACGGGCAGCAGAUACUCAGUACAAUUGAAGGCAUCCCAGUAACUCUACCCUGCAAAGCCAGUGGCAUUCCCAAACCAUCUAUCACCUGGUCCAAGAAAGGCGAGCUGAUUUCCACCAGCAAUGCUAAGUUUUCCGCGGGGGCUGACGGGAGUUUGUAUGUGGUGUCACCUGGGGGCGAGGAGAGUGGGGAGUAUGUCUGCACCGCCACCAAUGCUGCUGGCUACGCCAAAAGGAAAGUGCAGCUGACCGUCUACGUAAGGCCCAGAGUGUUUGGAGAUCAAAGAGGACUGUCCCACGAUAAGCCUGUUGAGAUCGCUGCCCUUGCGGGGGAAGAGGUGACCCUCCCCUGUGAAGUGAAGAGCUUGCCCCCACCCAUAAUCACCUGGGCCAAAGAAAGCCAGCUCAUCUCGCCAUUCUCUCCAAGACACACGUUCCUCCCUUCUGGCUCAAUGAAGAUCACAGAGGCCCGCGUUUCAGACAGUGGGAUGUACCUCUGCGUGGCCACAAACAUUGCUGGGAACGUGACUCAGUCUGUUAAAUUAAGUGUUCACGUUCCUCCAAAGAUACAGCGUGGCCCUAAACUUCUGAAAGUCCAAGUUGGCCAAAGAGCGGACAUUCCGUGCAAUGCUCAGGGGACGCCUCUUCCCGUAAUCACCUGGUUUAAAGGUGGAAGCGCCGUGCUGGUUGAUGGAGUCCAGCAUGUUAGCCAUCCAGGUGGGAUGUUAAGCAUCAGCCACGCCAUGCUCUCAGAUGCCGGAGCAUACACAUGUGUUGCUGCUAACAUAGCAGGCAGCGAUGAAACAGAGAUAACACUCCACGUCCAAGAACCACCUACACUGGAAGAUCUGGAACCUCCAUAUAACACCCCAUUCCAAGAAAGAGUGGCCAAUCAGCGCAUUGCAUUCCCAUGUCCUGCAAAAGGUACUCCCAAACCAACCAUCAAAUGGUUACGGAAUGGUAGAGAGCUGACAGGCAGAGAGCCCGGUAUUUCUGUCUUGGACGAAGGCACAAUGUUGGUUAUUGCUUCUGUUACACCAUAUGACAAUGGGGAGUACAUCUGUGUAGUAGUCAAUGAAGCUGGGACCACAGAAAAAAAAUAUAACCUCAAAGUCCAUGGUACUCCCAAACCAACCAUCAAAUGGUUACGGAAUGGUAGAGAGCUGACAGGCAGAGAGCCCGGUAUUUCUGUCUUGGACGAAGGCACAAUGUUGGUUAUUGCUUCUGUUACACCAUAUGACAAUGGGGAGUACAUCUGUGUAGUAGUCAAUGAAGCUGGGACCACAGAAAAAAAAUAUAACCUCAAAGUCCAUGUCCCACCCACCAUAAUAGGUGCCAACUCCGCCAAUGAAGUCUCAGUUGUACUCAGUCACGACACCAGCCUUGAAUGCCAGGUCAAGGGCACUCCCUUCCCAGUGAUUGACUGGUUCAAAGAUGGCAAGCCUUUAUUUUUAGGAGAUCCUAAUAUUGAACUUCUAGACAGAGGACAAGUUUUACAUUUAAAGAACGCGCGAAGAAGUGACAAGGGGCGCUACCAGUGCACUGUGUCCAAUGCAGCCGGCAAGCAAGCCAAGGAUAUAAAACUGACAGUCCAUAUUCCACCCAGUAUUAAAGGAGGGAAUGUCACCACGGAAAUAUCAGCAUUGAUCAACAGCGUAAUUAAGCUGGAGUGUGAAACACGCGGACUUCCGAUGCCAGCUGUCACGUGGUAUAAGGACGGCCAGCCGAUCAUAUCCAGUUCGCAAGCACUUUAUAUUGAUAAAGGACAGUUUCUUCAUAUCCCUCGAGCACAGGUCUCUGAUUCAGCAACGUACACGUGUCAUGUCAGCAAUGUUGCUGGAACUGCUGAAAAAUCGUUCCACGUGGACGUUUAUGUUCCUCCCAUGAUUGAAGGUGACUUGGCUGUACCUCUCAAUAAGCAAGUGGUUGUUACCCAUUCACUGACACUGGAGUGCAAAGCUGCCGGCAACCCUCCGCCAGUUCUCACCUGGUUAAAAGACGGUGUCCCCGUGAAAGCCAGUGACAAUAUCCGAAUAGAAGCUGGUGGGAAGACGCUAGAAAUCACGAGUGCCCUGGAAGUCGAUCGGGGGCAGUAUGUGUGUGUGGCGACCAGUGUGGCAGGAGAAAAGGAGAUCUACGACGACGUUGAUGUCUUAGUGCCGCCCGCUGUAGAAGGAGGAGAUGAAACAUCUUACUUCAUAGUGAUGGUUAAUAACUUAUUGGAGCUAGACUGUCAAGUGACAGGCUCUCCCCCACCAACUAUCAUGUGGCUGAAGGAUGGCCAGCUAAUUGAUGAAAGGGAUGGAUUCAAGAUUUUACUGAAUGGACGCAAACUGGUCAUUGCCCAGGCCCAAGUGUCAGAUACAGGCCUUUAUCGGUGCGUGGCAACCAACACUGCUGGAGACGACAGGAAGGAAUUUGAAGUGACUGUUCAUGUUCCUCCAACAAUCAAAUCCUCAGGCCUUUCUGAGAGAGCUGUAGUGAAAUACAAGCCUAUCACCUUACAGUGCAUAGCCAAUGGCAUUCCCAAUCCAUCCCUUACAUGGUUAAAAGAUGGCCAGCCUGUGAGCACUGCCCAAGGAAACUUCAAAAUACAGUCUUCUGGUCGAGUUCUACAAAUUGCCAAAACCCUGAUGGAAGACGCUGGCAGAUACACAUGUGUGGCCACCAAUGCGGCGGGGGAAGCCCAGCAGCACAUUCAACUGCACGUGCACGAACCACCCAGCCUGGAGGACGCAGGGAAGAUGCUGAAUGAGAGCGUGGUGGUGAACAACCCUAUACAGCUGGAGUGUAAGGCUGCAGGGAAUCCCUUGCCUGUUAUCACAUGGUACAAAGAUAACCGGCCGCUCGCAGGUUCCACCAGUGUGGCUUUCUUGAACAGAGGGCAGAUCAUUGAGAUUGAAAGCGCCCAGAUCGCGGAUGCUGGCAUAUAUAAAUGUGUGGCCAUCAACUCAGCUGGAGCCACAGAAUUAUAUUACAGUCUUCAAGUCCAUGUGCCCCCAUCCAUUUCUGGCAGCAGUAACGUGGUGGCGGUGGUGGUUAAUAACCUGGUGAGGUUAGAAUGUGAAGCCAGAGGCAUCCCCGCCCCAAGUCUGACCUGGUUGAAGGAUGGGAGCCCUGUCUCUGGCUUCGCUAAUGGGAUACAGGUUCUGUCUGGGGGGCGCAUCCUGGCUUUGACCAGUGCCCAAAUCAGUGAUACGGGGAGAUACACCUGCGUGGCCGUGAAUGCUGCUGGAGAGAAGCAAAGGGACAUAGACCUCCGAGUAUAUGUUCCGCCAAAUAUCAUGGGAGAAGAACAGAACGUCUCUGUCCUCAUCGGCCAGGCUGUGGAGCUCCUAUGCCAAAGCGAUGCUAUCCCUGCGCCCACUCUGACUUGGUUAAAAGACGGCCGCCCUUUGCUGAAGAAGCCAGGCCUCAGGAUCUCUGAAAAUGGAAGUGUGUUAAAGAUUGAGGAUGCUCAGGUUCAAGACACUGGACGUUACACUUGUGAGGCAACAAAUGUUGCUGGGAAAACUGAGAAAAAUUAUAAUGUCAACAUUUGGGUACCCCCAAAUAUUUAUGGCUCAAAUGAACUUGCUCAACUUACAGUCAUUGAAGGGAAUCUCAUCAGUCUGUUAUGUGAGUCAAGUGGUAUUCCACCCCCACAUCUCAUUUGGCAGAAGAAAGGCUCCCUGGUGCUGGCUGACUCUACAGAGCGGGUCAGAACUUUAUCUGGAGGCAGACAGUUACAGAUUUCAAUGGCUGAAAAAUCUGAUGCAGGGCUCUAUACCUGUGUAGCAUCAAAUAUUGCUGGAACUGCACAGAAAGACUAUAAUCUGCAAGUUUAUAUUCGACCAACCAUAUCCAACAGUGGCAGCCACCCUACUGAAAUUACUGUGACUCGAGGGAAGAGCGUGUCCUUGGAGUGUGAGGUGCAGGGUAUUCCUCAGCCGACAGUGACCUGGAUGAAAGAUGGCCGCACCUUGACGAAGGGGAGGGGAAUGGAAAUAUUGGAUGAAGGUCGCAUCCUUCAGCUGAAGAAUAUUCAUGUCUCUGACACAGGCCGUUAUGUAUGUGUUGCCAUAAAUGUAGCAGGAAUGACUGACAGAAAAUAUGACUUAAGUGUACAUACCCCUCCGAGCAUCAUCGGAAACCACGGGACACCUGAAAAUAUCAGUGUGGUGGAAAAGAACUCCGUGUCCCUGACUUGUGAAGCUUCAGGCAUUCCUUUGCCUUCCAUUACCUGGCUUAAAGACGGGUGGCCCAUCAGCCUUAGCAGUUCUGUGAGAAUUCUCUCAGGAGGGAGAACUCUGCGGUUGAUGCAGACCAGAAUAGAAGACGCUGGCCAGUACGCUUGUGUCGUAAGGAAUGCAGCUGGUGAAGAAAGAAAACUCUUUGGACUUUCAGUAUUAGUGCCACCUCGCAUUGUGGGUGAAAAUACAUUGGAAGAUGUGAAGGUAAAAGAGAAGCAGAGUGUUACACUGACUUGUGAGGUGACAGGGAAUCCAGUGCCAGAAAUUACAUGGCACAAAGACGGGCAGCUCGUCCAAGAAGAUGACACCCAUCACAGUAUGUCUGGUGGCCGUUUUCUUCAAAUUACCAAUGCCCAGGUGUCACACACUGGAAGAUAUACAUGUUUGGCUUCUAACACAGCUGGUGACAAGAGCAAAAGUUUCAGUCUUAACGUGUUAGUAUCUCCUACAAUUGCUGGUGCCGAUAGUGAUGGCAGCCCUGAAGAUGUCGUUGUCAUCCUGAACAGCCCCACGUCCUUGGUCUGUGAAGCUUAUUCAUAUCCUCCAGCUACCAUCACCUGGUUUAAGGAUGGAACUCCUUUAGAAUCCAACCGAAAUAUUCGUAUUCUUCCAGGAGGUAGGACUCUGCAGAUCCUAAAUGCACAGGAGGACAAUGCUGGAAGAUACUCCUGCGUAGCCACGAAUGAGGCGGGGGAAAUGAUAAAGCACUACGAAGUGAAGGUCUACAUUCCACCCAUAAUCAAUAAAGGGGACCUCUUGGGACCAGGUCUUUCCCCUAAAGAAGUGAAGAUCAAAGUAAACACCACCCUGACCUUGGAAUGUGAAGCCUAUGCAAUUCCUUCUGCCUCUCUCAGCUGGUACAAGGAUGGACAGCCCCUUAAAUCAGAUGAUCAUGUUAAUAUUGCUGCCAAUGGACACACACUUCAAAUAAAGGAAGCUCAAAUAUCAGACACUGGACGAUAUACUUGCGUGGCAUCUAAUAUUGCAGGUGAAGAUGAGCUGGAUUUUGAUGUGAAUAUACAAGUUCCUCCAAGUUUUCAGAAACUCUGGGAAAUGGGAAACAUGCUGGAUACCGGCAGGAGUGGAGAAGCCAAGGAUGUGAUCAUCAACAACCCCAUUUCUCUCUACUGUGAGACAAACGCCGCUCCUCCUCCUACGCUGACGUGGUACAAAGACGGCCGUCCUCUGGCCUCGAGUGAUAGAGUAUUGAUUUUACCAGGUGGGAGAGUGCUGCAGAUUCCCCGGGCUAAGGUAGAGGAUGCCGGGAGAUACACGUGUGUGGCUGUGAAUGAGGCUGGAGAAGAUUCCCUUCAGUAUGACGUCCGGGUACUCUUGCCACCGGUUAUCAAGGAAGCGAACAGUGAUCUCCCUGAGGAGGUCACCGUGCUGGUGAGCAAGAGCGUGCGGAUGGAGUGCUUGUCGGGCGGCAGCCCUGUACCGAGGAAUUCCUGGCAGAAAGACGGGCAGCCCUUGCUGGAAGAUGAGCAUCAUAAAUUUCUGUCUAAUGGAAGAAUUCUGCAGAUUCUAAAUACUCAAAUAACAGAUAUUGGCAGGUAUGUGUGUAUUGCUGAGAACACGGCUGGAAGUGCCAAAAAAUAUUUUAACCUCAAUGUUCACGUUCCUCCAAGUGUCAUUGGUCCUAACCCUGAAAACCUCACUGUUGUGGUGAACAACUUCAUCUCUCUGACCUGUGAGGUCUCUGGUUUUCCACCUCCUGAUCUCAGCUGGCUCAAGAACGAACAGCCUAUCAAGCCAAACACAAAUGCCCUCAUUGUGCCUGGCGGCCGAACUCUACAGAUUAUUCGGGCCAAGGAAUCCGAUGGUGGUCAGUACACGUGUAUAGCUAUCAACCAAGCUGGCGAAAGCAAGAAAAAAGUCUCCCUGACUGUUUAUGUACCUCCCAGCAUUAAAGAUCAUGGCGGUGACUCGCUUUCUGUAGUCAAUGUAAGAGAGGGGACCUCAGUGUCAUUGGAGUGUGAGUCCAACGCUGUCCCACCUCCAGUCGUCACGUGGUAUAAGAACGGGCGGAUGAUAACAGAAUCUACUCACGUGGAGGUUUUAGCAGGUGGACAAAUGCUGCACAUCAAGAAAGCUGAGGUAUCUGACACAGGCCAGUAUGUAUGUAGAGCUAUAAAUGUAGCAGGACGGGAUGAUAAAAAUUUCCACCUCAAUGUAUAUGUGCCACCCAGUAUCGAAGGACCCGAAAGAGAAGUGGUUGUUGAGACAAUCAGCAACCCUGUGACUUUAACAUGCGAUGCCACUGGAAUCCCACCUCCCACCAUAGCGUGGAUGAAGAACCGCAAGCCCAUAGAAAAUUCUGACUCACUUGAAGUUCAUAUUUUGUCUGGAGGUAGCAAACUCCAAAUUGCCCGGUCCCAGCGUUCAGAUAGCGGAAACUAUACAUGCAUUGCAUCAAAUAUGGAAGGAAAAGCACAGAAAAAUUACAUUCUUUCUAUUCAAGUUCCUCCAAGUGUUGCUGGUGCUGAAAUUCCAAGUGAAGUCAGUGUCCUGGUAGGGGAAAAUGUUGAGCUGGUCUGCAAUGCAAAUGGCAUUCCUACCCCAGUUAUUCAAUGGCUUAGAGAUGGAAGACCCAUAACUAGCAGUGAAACAGAAAGAAUCCGGGUGACUGCCAACGGCAGCACGUUAAUCAUUCUCGGAGCUCUCCCGUCCGACAUGGGGAAAUACGCGUGUGUCGCCACUAAUCCUGCUGGAGAGGAAGACCGAAUUUUUAACCUAAAUGUUUACGUCCCACCUGCCAUCAGGGGUAAUAAAGAAGAAGCAGAGAAACUAACGGCCUUGGUGGACACUUCAAUCAAUAUUGAAUGCCGAGCCACAGGGACGCCUCCGCCCCAGAUAAACUGGCUGAAGAACGGACUUCCUGUGCCUCUGUCCUCCCACAUCCGGUUGCUGUCAGGAGGGCAGGUCAUCAGGAUUGUGAGAGCUCAGGUGUCCGAUGUUGCCGUGUACACUUGUGUGGCCUCCAACAGAGCUGGGGUGGAUAAUAAACAUUAUAGUCUUCAAGUGUUUGUACCACCAAAUCUCGACAAUGCCAUGGGAACAGAGGACAUCACAGUUGUCAAGGGCAGUUCUACCUCCAUGACAUGCCUCACAGAUGGAACCCCAACUCCCCGAAUGUCAUGGCUUAGGGAUGGCCAGCCUCUGGGGCUUGACGCCCAUCUGACAGUAAGCACUCAAGGAAUGGUCCUUCAACUCAUCCAAGCAGAGACCGAAGAUUCGGGAAGGUACACCUGCAUUGCCUCCAACGAAGCUGGAGAAGUCAGCAAACACUUUCUCCUGAAGGUCCUAGAACCACCUCAUAUCAAUGGAUCUGAAGAACCUACAGAGAUAUCAGUGAUUGUUCAUAAUCCACUUGAACUUACCUGCAUUGCUUCUGGAAUCCCAGCUCCUAAGAUCACCUGGAUGAAAGAUGGACGGCCCCUUCCCCAGACACAUCAGGUACAAACUCUUGGAGGAGGAGAGGUUCUUCGAAUAUCUAGUAGUCAGGUUGAAGAUACAGGAAGAUAUACAUGCCUGGCUUCCAGCCCUGCAGGAGAUGCUGAUAAAGAAUAUUUAGUGAGAGUGCACGUACCCCCUAACAUUGCUGGAACUGAUGGGUCCCAGGAUUUCACUGUGUUACGGAACAGACAAGUGACACUGGAAUGCAAAUCGGAUGCAGUGCCCCCACCUGUAAUCACUUGGCUUAAAAAUGGAGAACGGUUACAGGCAACACCUCGAGUCCGAAUCCUAUCUGGGGGAAGAUACUUGCAAGUGAACAAUGCGGAGCCAGGUGAUACAGCCAAUUACACCUGCGCUGCCAGCAACAUUGCAGGAAAGACUACAAGAGACUUUCUUCUCACUGUCAAUGUUCCUCCAAACAUAGAGAGUGGCCCCCAGAGUCUUGUCAUUCACCUAAACAAGUCAGCCGUGUUGGAAUGCUUUGCUGAAGGUGUGCCAACCCCGAGGAUAACGUGGAGAAAGGACGGGGCUGUUCUCUCUGGGAAUCACGCAAGAUAUUCCAUCUUGGAAAAUGGAUUCCUUCACAUCCAGGCAGCGCAUGUCAGCGAUGCUGGGCGAUAUUUGUGUAUGGCUACCAAUGUUGCUGGGACCGACCGCAGGCGGAUAGACUUACAAGUCCAUGUUCCUCCAUCUAUUGCUCUGGGCCCUACAAACAUCACUGUAACUGUGAAUGUUCAAACGACUCUGGCUUGCGAAGCUACUGGCAUACCCAAACCAUCAAUCAGCUGGAGAAAAAACGGGCACCUUCUCAAUGUGGAUCAAAACCAGAAUUCCUACAGGCUCCUUUCUUCAGGUUCACUAGUAAUUAUUUCCCCUUCCGUGGAUGACACUGCCACCUAUGAGUGCACUGUGACAAACGAUGCUGGAGAGGACAAGAGAACCGUAGAUCUCACUGUCCAAGUUCCACCUUCCAUAGCUGAUGAGCCUACGGACCUCCUAGUAACCAAACACACCCCAACAAUAAUUACCUGCGCUGCGUCAGGAGUUCCAUUUCCCUCAAUUCACUGGAUGAAAAAUGGUAUAAGACUGCUUCCCAGGGGAGAUGGCUACAGAAUUCAGUCCUCAGGAGCAAUUGAGAUAUUUGCCACUGAAUUGAGCCAUGCGGGAAGAUACACCUGCGUCGCCAGGAAUGCGGCUGGUUCUGCACAUCGACACGUGACCCUUCGUGUCCAGGAGCCUCCAGCCAUUCAUCCUCAGCCAAGUGAACUGGACGUCAUUCUAAACAAUCCCAUUCUGUUACCAUGUGAAGCCACAGGGACACCCAGUCCUUUCAUUACUUGGCAAAAAGAAGGCAUCAAUGUCAUCACUUCAGGCAACGGCCAUGCAGUUCUUCCUGGUGGCGGCUUGCAGAUCUCCAGAGCCGUGAGAGAGGAUGCCGGCUCUUACAUGUGUGUGGCUCAGAAUCCAGCUGGUACAGCCUUGGGCAAAAUCAAGUUAAAUGUUCAAGUUCCUCCUGUCAUCACCAUCCAUCCAAAGGAAUAUAUCAUUGCUGUGGAUAAGCCUGUCACACUACCGUGUGAGGCAGACGGCCUCCCACCGCCUGACAUCACGUGGCAUAAAGGUGGCCAUGCCAUUGUGGAAUCAGUCCGCCAGCGCACCCUCAGCUCUGGGGCUUUGCAAAUAGCCUUUGCUCAGCCCGAGGACGCCGGCCAGUACACAUGCAUGGCGGCUAACGUGGCAGGAUCUAGCAGCUCGAGCACCAAGCUCACUGUCCACGUGCCACCCAAAAUUCGAAGUACGGAAGUAUACUACACCGUCAGUGAGAAUUCACAGGCUGUUUUUCCAUGCGUGGCUGAUGGAAUCCCUACACCAGCAAUUCACUGGAAAAAAGACAAUGUUCUUUUAGCCAAUUUGUUAGGAAAAUACACUGUUGAACCCUAUGGAGAACUCAUUCUGGAGAAUGUUGUGCUGGAGGAUUCUGGCACCUAUACCUGUGUUGCAAACAACGCUGCAGGUGAAGACACACACACUGUCAGCCUGACUGUACAUGUUCUCCCCACUUUCACUGAACUUCCUGGUGAUGUGUCAUUAAAUAAAGGAGAAAAGCUACGAUUAAGCUGUAAAGCAACUGGUAUUCCACUGCCCAAGUUAACAUGGACCUUCAACAACAAUAUUAUCCCAGCCCACUUUGACAGUGUCAACGGACACAGUGAACUUGUUAUUGAAAGGGUUUCCAAAGAGGAUUCGGGUACUUACGUGUGCACCGCAGAGAACAGCAUGGGUGUUGUGAAGGCAGUUGGAUUUGUUUAUGUGAAAGAACCUCCAGUCUUCAAAGGUGAUUACCCUUCUAAUUGGAUUGAACCACUUGGCGGAAAUGCAAUUCUGAACUGUGAGGUCAAAGGCGAUCCUGCCCCAACCAUCCAGUGGAGCAGAAAGGGGGUGGAUAUUGAAAUUAACCACAGAAUCCACCAACUUGGCAAUGGCUCCCUGGCCAUUUAUGGCACCGUAAAUGACGAUGCCGGUGACUACACGUGUGUAGCUGCUAACGAGGCUGGGAUGGUGGAGCGCAGCGUGAGCCUGACUCUGCAGAGUGCUCCUAUUAUCACUCUGGAGCCAAUAGCAACAAUUAUUAAUGUUGGUGGCAAAGUCAUAUUGAAUUGUCAGGCCACUGGAGAGCCUCAUCCAGCCAUUAUGUGGUCUCGUCAAGGGCACGCUAUCCCCUGGGAUGACCGAGUUAAUGUGUUGUCCAACAACUCGUUAUAUAUCUCUGCUGCUCAGAAAGAAGAUACAUCUGAAUAUGAAUGUGUUGCUCGAAAUCUGAUGGGUUCUGUCAUGGUCAGAGUACCAGUCACAGUCCAAGUUCAUGGUGGGUUUUCCCAGUGGUCUGCCUGGAGAGCCUGCAGUGUCACCUGUGGAAGAGGCAUCCAGAAGAGAAGUCGCCUCUGCAACAACCCUCUUCCGGCCAAUGGUGGGAAGCCUUGUCAAGGGUCGGAUUCAGAAAUGCGGAACUGUCAACACAAACUGUGUCCAGUGCAUGGUAGCUGGUCAGAAUGGAGCCCUUGGGAAGAAUGCACAAGGAGCUGUGGACGUGGCAACCGAACCAGGACCAGAACUUGCAAUAAUCCAUCAGCUCAACACGGAGGGCGGCCGUGUGAAGGGACUGCUGUGGAAAUGAUCAUGUGCAACAUUAGGCCGUGCCCAGUUCAUGGAGCAUGGAGCACUUGGCAGCCUUGGGGUGUGUGCAGCAGAAGUUGCGGGCAGGGGACCCAGACAAGAACAAGACUGUGCAAUAACCCUCCACCAUCGUUUGGUGGCUCCUACUGUGUUGGAGCAGAAACACAGAUGCAAGUUUGCAAUGAAAGACACUGUCCUGUUGAUGGCAAGUGGGCCAGCUGGGCCAGUUGGAGUGCCUGCACCGUGUCCUGUGGAGGAGGAGCCAGACAGAGAACAAGGGACUGCUCUGAUCCCGCCCCACAGUAUGGAGGAAGCAGGUGUGAAGGGAGUGAUGUCCAGAGCGAUUUUUGCAAUAGUGACCCUUGUCCAACUCAUGGAAACUGGAGCCCUUGGAGUGGCUGGGGAAUCUGCAGUCGGUCCUGUAACGGAGGGCAGAUGCGGCGGUACCGCACGUGUGAUAACCCUCGACCCUCCAACGGAGGAAGAGCUUGUGGGGGGCCAGACUCCCAGAUCCAGAGAUGCAACACUGACAUGUGUCCUGUGGAUGGGAGUUGGGGAAACUGGCAAAGUUGGGGCCCGUGUUCUGCUUCUUGUGGAGGAGGUGAAAAGACCAGAAAACGGCUGUGCAACAAUCCAGAGCCAUCUCACCGCGGGCGCCCCUGUCCGGGAGACGCCACUCAGGUUUCCAGAUGCAAUAUACAAGCUUGUCCAGGUGGGCCCCAGCGAGCCAGAGGAAGUGUUAUUGGAAAUAUUAAUGAUGUUGAAUUUGGAAUUGCUUUCCUUAACGCCACAGUGACAGAUAGCCCUACCUCUGAUACUAGAGUAAUACAUGCCAGAAUUACCAAUGUGCCUCGCAGGCUUGGUCCAGCAAUGCGAAAGAUAGUUUCUAUUUUAAAUCCCAUUUAUUGGACAACAGCAAAGGAAAUUGGAGAAGCAGUCAAUGGCUUCACCCUUACCAAUGCAGUCUUCAAGAGAGAAACCCAAGUGGAAUUUGCAACUGGAGAAAUCUUGCGCAUGACUCAUAUUGCUCGGGGCCUGGAUUCCGAUGGUGCUUUGCUGCUAGAUAUUGUCGUGAGCGGCUAUGUCCUGCAGCUUCAUUCACCUGCUGAAGUCGCUGUCAAGGAUUACACGGAGGACUACGUUCAGACAGGUCCUGGGCAGCUGUAUGCCUACUCAACCCGGCUGUUCACCAUUGAUGGCAUCGGCGUCCCAUACACAUGGAACCACACCAUUUUCUAUGACCAGGCACAAGGAAGAAUGCCUUUCUUGGUAGAAACACUUCAUGCAUCCUCUGUGGAAACUGACUACAACCAGUUAGAAGAGACAUUGGGUUUUAAAAUUCAUGCUUCCAUUUCCAAAGGAGACCGCAGUAAUCAGUGCCCCUCCGGGUUUGCCUUAGACUCAGUUGGACCCUUUUGUGCUGAUGAAGAUGAAUGUGCAACAGGGAAGCCCUGCUCCCAUAUCUGCCACAAUGCCAUGGGGACCUAUUAUUGCUCCUGCCCUAAAGGCCUCACCAUCGCUGCUGAUGGAAGAACUUGUCAAGACAUUGAUGAGUGUGCUUUAGGUGGACACACAUGCCAUGCUGGUCAGGACUGUGACAACACCAUUGGAUCCUAUCGCUGUGUGGUCCGCUGUGGAAUUGGCUUUCGAAGAACCUCUGAUGGGAUGAGUUGUCAAGAUAUUAAUGAAUGUCAAGAGUCCAGUCCCUGCCACCACCGCUGUUUCAAUGCCAUAGGAAGUUUUCACUGUGGGUGUGAACCUGGGUAUCAGCUCAAGGGCAGAAAAUGCAUGGAUGUGAACGAGUGUCGCCAGAACGUGUGCAGACCAGACCAGCACUGCGAGAACACCCGUGGCGGCUACAAGUGCAUUGAUCUCUGCCCCAACGGGAUGACCAAGGCGGAAAAUGGAACCUGCAUUGUUAUGUAUCGUGGCACACGAGCAGACAUUAAUGAGUGUGAACAAAUGCCUAAGCCUUGUGCAUAUCAGUGCUUCAACACCCCCGGCAGCUUCAAGUGUGUCUGUCCACCAGGACAACAUUUAUUAGGGGACGGGAAAUCUUGCGCUGGAUUGGAGAGGCUGCCCGCUUAUGGCUCUCAGUACAAUAGCUAUAACCUUGCUCGGUUCUCCCCCGUGAGAAACAACUAUCAACCUCAACAGCAUUACAGACAGUACUCCCAUCUCUACAGCUCCUACUCAGAGUAUAGGAACAGCAGAACAUCUCUCUCCAGGACUAGAAGGACUAUUAGGAAAACUUGCCCUGAAGGCUCUGAGGCAAACCAUGACACAUGUGUAGAUGUGGAUGAGUGUGCAAACAGAGACACCUGCCAACAUGAGUGUAAAAAUACCUUUGGAAGCUACCAGUGUCUCUGCCCACCUGGCUAUCAGCUCAUGCUCAACGGAAAGACGUGUCAAGAUAUUGAUGAGUGUCUGGAGCAGAAUGUGCGCUGUGGGCAGAACCGCAUGUGCUUCAACAUGAGAGGAAGCUACCAGUGCAUCGAUACGCCUUGUCCACCCGACUACCAACGGGAUCCUGACACAGGGUUCUGCCUCAAGAACUGUCCACCCAAUGAUUUGGAAUGCGCCUCGAGCCCAUAUGCCUUGGAAUACAAACUUGUCUCCCUCCCUUUUGGAAUAGCUGCCAAUCAAGAUUUAAUCCGGCUGGUUGCAUACACGCAGGAUGGAGUGAUGCAUCCCAGGACAACGUUUCUCAUGGUAGAUGAGGAACAGACCGUUCCUUUUGCCUUGAGGGUUGAAAACUUGAAAGGAGUCGUGUAUACCACACGACCACUCCGAGAACCAGAGACCUACCGCAUGAGGGUCCGAGCCUUAUCCUACAGUGCCAAUGGGACCAUUGAAUAUCAGACCACAUUCAUAGUGUAUAUAGCCGUGUCUGCCUAUCCGUACUAAGAAGCUCGCCAAAGCCAAACCCACAUAUUUAAACUGCAUUAAUCAUGGGAAUCACGUUCGCUUCCAGGUUACCAUCUCCUGAACGGUUGCAACCUUGGCAACUUGAAAAUGGUGCUAUGCUCUGUUUUGUGUGUCUUCCUUGGUACUGCUGAGGUAUUUUCAGGAUCCCACCAUGGCCACGUCUUUUCCUUAAGGUCUAGAAAAGCCCUGUAUCCUUUUCUUUUAUUUAUUACACUGGAGCAGUUACUUUCCAAAGAUUAUCUCUGAACAUCGAACAGGGACACAUCAGUGAUGUUUUAUGGUGGCAUAGUAGCUAAGAUCGUUUUCCUUAAAAAUAUACAAUAAACUAACUAUAAUAAUAAUUCAAAGCCAAGUAGAUUUUUGAGCAUUUGGCCAUUUUUAAAGUAAUAAAACUAGUUGCUAUGUUUUUUGAGCAAAGCUUAAGUAAGUUAUGAAGAUGCUUUUUUUUAAAAAAAAGUAUUGAUACUUUAUUAUAUAUAGGACUUAGACACCUCUUUUCACUUUAAGGAAAAAAAAGAAACACCACUCGUUUUAGAAAUAUAGUACAGCUUCUAGAAGGUUAUGAUGAUCCCAAAUGGUGCUCACUUUGAACACCCAAAAUAAGAAUAUUACUUUCAGUGAACCAUUUAUGAUCAUAGAAAAAAAUAUUACUUUGUCCUCAGAUGAUUGUUGAUGGCAUAGAUCUUUGUUCAUAUAUUUUGAUAUAAUCUGCCAUUAGCUCCUUCAUUUUCACAUUCCAGAAUUGUUUUUACCUUCCUACAAAUUGGAAACAAUUUUUUAAAGUAUCAAUGGGAGGGUUUUCUUUGUUUUUCUUGAAAAAUCUCAUAUGUUAAAUUAGCAUAAAUGUUAAACGUCAAUACACUGUACAUGGUGCUAACAGACUCUGGAAGCAAUUGCCAAGAUGUAUUCUAUUUUUAUGAAGUGUACAUAUAUUACCUUAGUGUGUAUUUUCUAUGGAAUAUCUUGAUGAACUCUUUUAUAAAAAUUAUUUUAUAAAAAUAUAAUGUUACAGGAAAACCAGCUAAAAUAAAAUUUUCACAUCCUUUGUCUUAACUUUUUUGAAAACCUGAAAUUUGUUUCCUCGCAGCUAUAACAGGUAAU